UAAUGUUUGUUUGUUUGGCUCUUUAUUUUUCCCUCUAUUUUUUGCAUCUCUAAUUGAAUUGGUUUUUGUGUAGUUCCCCCAGAUGUUUAAGAGUUCUACCAGCAGUGUGAUUCCAGUAACGUUUUGUUUUGUAGAAAAGAAAAGAUUGUAUUUUUAUAAUUUGUUUUUGGUCUAUGUUUAUAUUUUGUUUUUUCCCCCUAUCCGGAACAUUGAAUUGAACUGAUUUCUGAAGUGGAGACUGGAAAUUUUGUUUUUGUUUGUUUGAAUUUGAAGAGGGGUUUGAAUUUAGUUGAGUGUUGAGGCCGUGCGGUUUUUGAACCUUAUUUUUUGAAAGUGUUACUUUCAAAGUUUUGUAAAUGGCUACUAGAAGUUAUAUAUAUAUAUAUAUAUAUAUAUAUAUAUAUAUAUAUAUAUAUAUAUAUAUAUAUAUAUAUAAAAGCAAAACUGUAUUUUUUUGAACUUUUGUGAAACAGAAUAAUAGCUGAGUAUUUAGGAGUGCCAUAACGUAAUAAUGUAUGAUGCUCUUCAUAUAACUAAUUCGAGAUUUGAUAGACUUGGAGUUUCAAUCUUGUACAUUACAAUUAGUGAUCUUCGUUCUUCUGUGGAGAUCUUGUUCGUUCAUGUCACUUCUAAUUAAGGAACAAGCUUUCCGCAGCUGAACACCCUAGCUAGUUAGCUUCCACCAAUUUGAAUCACCAAUGGCUUGCUCUUUCUCUAAUGUCAAGGUUCUCUAUGCUUUUGUCGCCGACAAAUUCUCCAACACUCUCACCUGUUAGGUAUGGGUGGGGCUGGUCAUGUGUGGUCAACAUGUGAAGGAAGCCAUGAAGAAGUGCGGAGGCAUUCAGUGCGCCUAUUCCUAAAGAUAAAGUUAUGGAGGCAAUUAAAACUAUGGAAGAUGAUCUGGAGAAUGAUGAUAGUUUUCUUCCACCUUCUGGAGAAUUGAAACCUAAUUCUACUUAUUCAGAUGAUGACGAUCAUGAAGAUUCUAGAGAUGACUCUUACUACUUUGAGAAAGAGGUUGAAGCAACCUUUCUCAGGGUUGUGCAUGAAAACAUACAAGAAAGCCAUUUGAUCUUAGAAAUCAAUUCUUUGAAGUUGUCAUACAAUAAGCUAGCUGCUGAUUGUGCUGGAGUUGUAUUUUCUGCCAUGAUGAAGUAUGCUUUAGACACCCCCCAUAGUUCAACCGGUGGUGUCCUCAAUUAUGAAAGAAGAUCAAAGAAGGAAGUAACUGACCAAGAAUUUUCCUUGUCUAAAACACAUAAUAAUAUACUAACAGAAUGCUAAAACUUCCUUGCAUUUAGGAUUGAGUUUUCCAACUCAUUAUUAAAGGAGUGCCCAACUCAUUAACACCUGAUAUGGCCUCACCCAUAUGCAUUUAUGGUAAGUUGGUUACAGGCACAAUAUGUACUACUGUCCAGUUCGUAGUAUGAGAAAGUAUGAAUUUGUUUAAGAAUUAGAUCACGUGCACAGUUUUAGAUUCGAAUCAAUUCUGUAAACAAUGAUUGAAACUUUUAUUAUUAUGCUCUCUUUGAUCCAGGUAUAUAAAAACCCAAGAGGAAUAAUUUCAUCACAUAUUUGCUUAACUAAUAAGCACAUUUUCCAGUAACUACUAUUGAACU